UUUCAAAACAUUACAUGGAUGUCGAUAACCUCCCUUUUAACUGGUUUAAAGUUGCAAUACCAUGGAGAAAUUUCCACUGAAAGGUACAACAUUAUCAAAUAAUACAAUACCACAAAAUCAUCAACAUUCAUUAACUACAUACCAGUCAGUUGAUACAAAGGUAGAAAAUUCAGAUGAUGUAUACUUUGUAGAGGAUGCACGAUCGCGAAAUCGAACUACUGGACGUGAUAUUAAUUUAAGCAGUGACGACGACAUGCUGGAAGUUAAUAAUGUAGGUUCUCAUGGGGAGAAUACCGUUCUUUCCGAGCACUGUAUUCGUAUCGAUGAUGCUUCCUCUCACAUUUCAGUCGAUUCGGAUGAUAUUCCCGGAAUUGGUCAAUAUGAUGACUUCCAUACCAUUGAUUGGCAACGAGAUAUUGCUCGAGAUAGAAUGCGGCAUCGUUAUAUUGUGAAGAAAAAGCAUGAUUCUAUUUUGGGUUUAAUCAAGGGAGCUCAUGAUGCAUGGUCUGGAUGGCUCUGUGUUUUACUAGUUGGUCUCUUUACAGGAGUUGCAGCAGGUAUCAUAGAUAUAGGGGCUUCCUGGAUGACUGAUUUAAAAUUUGGUAUAUGUCCACAAGCAUUUUGGUUAAAUAAAGAGCAAUGUUGUUGGAGUUACAAUGAAACAACUUUCGAUGGUGGUAACUGUUCUCAGUGGCGGACAUGGCCAGAAGUAUUUAGUCAAUCAAAAGAUGGUGCAGGACCUUACAUGAUCUCGUAUAUGUUUUAUAUUGCUUGGGCUCUCUUGUUUGCUUCGCUUUCUGCAUCAUUAGUAAGAAUGUUUGCACCAUAUGCUUGUGGUUCUGGAAUUCCUGAGAUAAAGACUAUUCUGAGCGGAUUCAUUAUUCGUGGAUAUUUGGGAAAAUGGACAUUAAUAAUUAAGUCAGUAGGUUUGAUCCUGUCAGUGAGCUACUACUUUCCCUUAAAAACAUUAUGGAGGUCGUUUUUCUGUGCCCUGAUUGCGGCUUUUAUUUUACGGUCAAUAAAUCCGUUUGGUAAUGAGCACUCGGUACUUUUUUAUGUCGAAUAUAAUAAGCCUUGGAUAUUUUUCGAGCUAAUACCCUUUGUCAUGCUUGGAAUAAUUGGUGGUGUGAUAGCUACUUUGUUUAUAAAAGCAAAUCUAUUUUGGUGUCGAUACCGUAAAACUUCAAAAUUGGGCCAAUAUCCAGUUACUGAAGUUUUAAUAGUGACAGUUGUAACUGCUGUUAUUGGGUAUCCAAAUCCAUAUACACGAAUGAGUACAAGUCAACUCAUUUAUUUACUAUUUAGUCAGUGUGGGGUAUCAAACGCAGACAUUUUAUGCGAUUAUAAUAGAAACUUUACUGCUGUAAAAUCAGCAAUUGAGAUUGCAGCAGCUGGUCCUGGAGUCUAUAAAGCGAUAUGGCUUCUCGUUUUAGCAUUAAUUCUAAAACUUGUUAUGACAAUUGUUACGUUCGGCAUGAAAGUACCUUGCGGAUUAUUCAUUCCAUCACUUUGUUUGGGAGCGAUAAUGGGUCGUAUUGUUGGGAUUGGAAUGGAACAACUUGCGUACAAUUAUCCACACAUUUGGAUGUUUAGUGAAGAAUGUUCAACCGGUGUUGAUUGUAUAACUCCUGGAUUAUACGCAAUGAUUGGUGCUGCGGCUGUUCUCGGCGGUGUUACCAGAAUGACAGUUUCUCUUGUCGUAAUAAUGUUCGAACUAACGGGAGGAGUACGGUAUAUUGUACCACUAAUGGCAGCCGCCAUGGCAAGUAAAUGGGUCGGUGAUGCUCUCGGAAAGCAAGGCAUUUAUGAUGCCCACAUUGGUUUGAAUGGGUAUCCAUUUCUUGACAGCAAAGAUGAAUUUCAGCAUACUACUCUUGCGGCUGACGUUAUGCAACCCAAACGCAAUGAAGCUCUUCAUGUGCUUACUCAAGAUUCAAUGACAGUUGAAGAUGUCGAAAAUUUGCUAAAGGAAACAGAGCAUAAUGGUUUUCCUGUAAUAGUCUCGAAGGAAUCACAGUAUCUUGUAGGUUUCGUUUUACGAAGAGAUCUGAACCUUGCAAUCGCAAAUGUUAAACGUAUGACAGAAGAAAUUACCGGACAGUCACUAGUUACAUUUACAAACGGAAAUAACAUUCAAAAUCAUUCUCCUCCACCUCUUAAAUUAAAGAAAAUUCUUGACAUGGCCCCAAUAACAAUUACGGAUCAAACUCCUAUGGAAACUGUCGUUGAUAUGUUCAGAAAGUUAGGACUAAGGCAGACACUUGUUACGCAUAAUGGUCGACUGUUGGGAGUUAUUACAAAAAAAGACGUAUUAAGACAUGUGAAGCAACUGGACAACGAAGAUCCUAAUUCCGUUUUGUUUAAUUAAAAUGUAUAUAAAAAAUAUACGUGAGAGAUACAAU